CCGGUCCGACGGUCUCGUAUAUCAGGGGGCCGAGCUCCCCUCCCGGCACGGCGCCUGGCAGGUUCACCUCGUGACAGAAGCAGCCAUGUCCGGGAGAGGCAAGGGCGGGAAAGGGCUGGGCAAAGGCGGCGCCAAGCGGCACCGCAAGGUCCUGAGAGACAACAUCCAGGGCAUCACCAAGCCCGCCAUCCGCCGCCUCGCUCGGCGUGGGGGUGUCAAGCGGAUCUCGGGCCUCAUCUACGAGGAGACGCGGGGGGUGCUGAAGGUGUUCCUGGAGAACGUGAUCCGGGACGCCGUCACCUACACGGAGCACGCCAAGCGCAAGACGGUCACGGCCAUGGACGUGGUGUACGCGCUCAAGCGCCAGGGCCGCACCCUGUAUGGCUUCGGGGGCUAAGCCUCUGCUGCGGGCUCGCGUGUGCGGCCACCCUAAAGGCCCUUUUUAGGGCCACCCA